AUGGCGAGGAUCAAACCUCAAGCUCUGCUGCAACAGAGCAAGAAGAAGAAGGCGCCGAGCAAGAUCAGCGCCACCACUGUUAUGUUCUGCGGCUUGAUUGUUGUUCUAGCUCUGUUUUUUCUCUACUCCACCUACACUCACCGCUCCAUAAGGUCUAGCAUCCAGAGGUCUAAUACUGACUCGGAGCUUGAGUUGCAGGAGGAUCAUGGGCUUAUGGAUUUGAGGAAAUCUGAUAUCCCUGGGUACGCGAUCUUUACUACAUCUAAAGGGCCAAUAACUGUGGAACUUUUCAAGGACAGCUCUCCUGAAAUUGUUGACAAGUUCAUUGAAUUAUGUCAAAAGGAGCAUUUCAAGGGGAUGCACUUUCUUCGCGUGAUAAAGCAUUAUGUGAUUCAAGCAGGGAACACUGAUAAUCUUGGCAAUACAGAGGAUUGGACUGUGAAAGGGAAGCACCAUGGGCAACUUCAUGCAAGCCUGAAACACGAGGCCUUCAUGGUUGGAACAUCCAAGGGAAAACGUGAUGACAAAGGAUUUGACCUUUUCGUCACAACUGCACCAAUCCCAGAUCUGAGCGAGAAGCUGGUAGUUUUUGGGCGGGUUGUUAAGGGAGAAGAUGUGGUUCAGGAAAUCGAAGAGGUGGAUACAGAUGAACACUACCAGCCUAAAAGUCAAAUAGGGAUCAUCGGCGUCACUCUAAAGCAGAAGGUCUAG